AUGAAGUAUUUGGUUGUGUUUGCAUCUCUUGUUUUGGUUCUGCACGAAGUCCAUGUUCUCUCCAUGGCUGCUUGUCCAGCAUCAGAUGAUGAACCUUGUCCAGCGCCAGUACCUGAUCCACCCACGCCUGCACCUUCCCCGGGGCCAAAGCCUAAGCCGGGGCCUAAGCCUAAGCCAGGGCCUAAGCCUAAGCCGGGGCCUAAGCCUAAGCCUUCCCCUUCUCCUACACCUAUUCCUCCCCCUACUCCUACUGGUCCCUGUCCUACACCUGAUUCCCCCCCUACUCCUGGCCCCACACCUUCACCUACACCAGCCCCUACACCAGCUCCUGCACCUUCCCCUACCCCUGCGCCCGGCCCGCCUUGCAAUGACCCUAUCGAAUUUUAUCCUUGCGUUGAAUUGUGGAUCCAUCCGACCAUUGCCGGGGCUGCUGUCUGUUGCCAGGCGAUACACAAACAUCAGGAUUGCCUUUGCGAAUUUUUGGCGAAUCCUAAAGUGAAACCGUUUGUAUUACCUCAUACUGGAGCGAUCUUAGGAUGGUUAUGUCAUUUUAAGUUUCCAAAGUGCGAAUGCCAUUAA